AUGCGUUCAGUAGUAUUAUUUUGCUUAUUUUAUUUGUUUGUUGUGACCUCAGAUGUCCUGGGUCAAAAAAGAAGAGACCACAGAAAAGGCAGACAUAAUCGUAUCAGAUCUGACCCAGCUGGAGGUCACAUCUCUGGAACAUGGCAGAGAAGAACUCAUGGGAAUCAUGAAACUAAUAGAGGAAAUACGACCGACCAAAGACAAAAUACAGAGGUGCAAAGAGGAGGACGUUAUCAUCAACAGGGGCAAAAUUCCAGGAGAGAUCAGAGAAAGAGAAAGGGGCAACAUAAGGGUAGACGACACAGAAAAGAUCACUCUCAACCUAUUGACAAUCAGGAACCCACUGUGUCCCCUCAAGUUGAUGUUCUGGAAACUAUUAUUAUACCCGCAGUGUGUAAAGAAUGCAAAAGGAAAGACCCAACUCAUCAAUCAUGUAUAGCCAUAUGCCCUGAUUUAGCUACAGAUGACUCGGGCAGAGGGGCAACCUUCCUCGGAGAUUCAUACUGCUACUUCUGCGAAUAUUACCGCUUCAACAGGAGCUACUAUCAGCAAUGCAGAAGUCGAUUCUGUACUUCUAAAACCUGUAUUAAUCAACAGAACCUUAAAACUGGAGACUCCACUGAAGUGCCACCCAGUACCUUAAUUAACAUGUGA